GGCAGCCGCCACCUUAGGCACAGCAGCAGAACACCGACAUGGAGCUGCAGGGCAAGGUGGCCAUCGUUACGGGGGGAGCUUCAGGCAUCGGCCUCGAGAUGGUCAGGCACCUCCUCCAGGCGGGACUCAAGGGCGUCGCCAUCUUGGACAUGGCGGAGGCAGUAGGCAAGGCGGCCGUGUCGCAGAUGGAGUCAGAGUUUGGUGCGAAGCGCGCCAUCUUCAUCCGCGCUGACGUCACCAAAGCUGAUCAGUUCAAGGAAGCAUUCAAGACUGCGUCAACAACGUUUGGAGGCCUCGACAUCGUCAUAAACAACGCUGGGAUCGGUAAUGAGGACAACUGGGAAUUGAUAAUUGCCGUCAAUGUGGCGGCGGUGAUGCGCGGCACGCUGCUGGCGCUGGAGGCGAUGGGCCGUGACCGCGGCGGCCGCGGCGGCGCCGUGCUCAACGUCGCCUCCAUCCUGGGGCUGUCCGCCAUCGCCGGCGCGCCCGCCUACGUCACCAGCAAGCACGCCGUCGUCGGCCUCGUGCGCUCGUUCGGGAUGCCAUACCACUGGGAACGUACGGGAGUGCGCGUCAUGGCCAUAUGCCCUGGCGUGACGGAGACGCCGAUGCUGGCUGGGGCAAGAGGCCCUCAGAUGUCCUCCAUGGCCCAAAUGGCCGCCCUGGAGGUGGCAGCGCUGCCACUGCAGAAGCCAGACGCCGUGGCACGAGCGGCAGUGGAGGUGCUGCGGCGAGGAGAGAACGGCUCUCUGUGGGUGUCUGAGGGCGGGCAGCCGGCCUACCAGGUGGCCAUCCCUGCCCGCGAGCAGAUGCGGGUCUGACCGCAGCCGCAGUCCAGCGGCUCUCGUGCUCAAGUGGCCACAGCGCGCCGACCGACGUUCCGCUUGCCUUAAACUGUCCUUCCCGUUAUCUCAAUGUCUGCACACCUAACUGAUUCCUAGGUUAUGUAACUCUUCGUGUGAGUUUUCUUCCAUACCUGUUCUCUACGAUACUUUCCUGGCCAUGUUACUAAAUCAUGUGGAAGAAAUGAAUACAGGCAGGAAUUUUGCUCAGAGAUUGUUAAGAAUUUGUCAUAUACAAUGUGUCCAGAAAUGAAUAUAGACAGGAAUUUUGCUCAGAGAUUGUUAAGAAUUUGUCAUAUACAGAGUGGCCAUAAAGUACCGCUAUCAUUUCAAAAAAUUAUAACUUGUAAACUAUAAGAUACAGAACAUUAUGGUUUGCUGUAAAACGUUUCCAGCUCUCAAAGUUGUUUCUUUCUGUUUCGCCACAAUUUCAGUGCAUGCCUCACAAGUCGCUCGUAGGACAACAAGGCAAUA